AUGGCUGGGCUAUCAGAGAAUUUUUCAACACAACAAUAUUUUUCUCGUUACUGCUACACUACUCUUAAAGAUUUCAAGUUGAACCCGUUCAAGCGAUGCACAAUGCGCAAUCAACGAGAAUACGAAUAUGACAUAAAAAAGAUGGAACUAAGUGGCAAACCGUAUAAAGGAAUUAAACAAAAAUCAGUGUUCAACAGCCUGUCGCAUUUCAAUCUGUUUGAUUUUGGAAUGCCACCAUGUAUUGCCCAUGAUUUGUUCCUAGGUUGCUUUAACUAUGACCUGAUGCUGAUUUUUCGUGGCCUCACCAAAAGAAAGUUAAUCGGCGAAACUUACUUAAAAAAUCGAAUAAAUUUUCUUAUGAAAAAACUUGGCCUUAAUUCACAAAUAACUUUGAAUUUCAAGAAAAAGGCUAUCUCAAGUAAAGCUAUAGAUGUUUGGCAUUUAAUCCGGAUAGUACCCUUCAUUUUUCUGAAAAUACCGUAUCUAUAUAAAAGCAAAUUAUUUCAGCUAGUGCUGCUUUUAAAGAAAAUAACAGACUUGAUUACUGCUCCGACCAUUUCACCUCAACAAAUUGGAAGUUUGAAGUUGUGUAUUGAACAUUACUUAGAAAAUAGAUCUAGUAUGUUCAAUAGUCCUCUGAAACCUAAACACCAUUAUUUGUGGCACUAUCCCCACUUGAUCUUACAGUUUGGACCUCUUUUACCAUUUUCCACACUAACUGGGGAAAGAAAACACUCAUAUUUCAAGACAGCGCUACGACACGCCUCCAAUUUCAAAAAUAUUUUGAAAUUGUGUGCUGAACGGCAUCAAUAUUUUCAGGCCCUCAUUAGUGAAAUUAAUCCAAAACGUUUCCAAGAGAGCAUUAUUUGUAAUAGCGGUGUUGCCACUUGUGAACAUCUGAAAGACAGCGAUAAAAAACAUUUGGAAUCAUUCGGCAUGAUUAAUCAUGCACUGAAAUACACUAAAUCUAUCACAUUUCGAGGUGACUGUUACAAUGUAGGAGAUUUCCUUUUCGUUGCGUAUGAUAAAUCGGGAGAGCAAUUCUAUGUGAUUGAAUUGAAAGGGUUUAUACUGGGAGCUGAUAUACACGAGUUAUAUAUCUAUGGCAGCUAUAUCCUGGUUGAACCAAUAAUCGAGCGAGGAAUAAAUAUUUUAGAUAAGGAAAAGGACAAAUUUGAAUGCAUGUUGUUAAAUUCUUUGCCAGACAUCACUCCGCUGAAAAUCUAUGAAUGCGACGGAAAAAGAUAUCUGUUCCAAAAACAUGCAUUUCCUUGGCAAUAA